GAGAAAGUUGAGCGACUUCCUCACGUUCGCGUCUCACUCCUCUCAUAACUCUAUUUCCUUGAAAUAGUCCGGGAUCCUCGACGAUUUCCAUCUGGAAAUGGCGGCCGUACUCUGUGGAAUCUGCAAUACAGAGCCGAAGAAAUACAAAUGCCCGACCUGCGCAAUACCCUACUGCUCGCUAGCAUGCUUCAAAAUCCACAAACCUACACAUCCAGACAUAUCCCCCUCUACACCCAACCCAACCCUCCAUCCUACUCCCCUAGUAAUUCCCGACCCUCCUCCCCCGCCACCAGUCCCGAAGUACAUCAAGCAGCGGAAAGACUUUUCUCAAUUCGCUUCAAAGCCCCAAUACCAGGAAUUAUUACGGACACACCCCACCCUUCUCUCCUCCCUCCAACGCAUAUACGCCGCGACCAUCGAACCAAGACCUGCCGAUAACCCACCAACCUCUUUCCAGCAUCCCUACAAUGGGAGGGGUCGCGGGUCCUACUCUCGUGGCCGUGGAAGUAGAGGGCGAAGCCGGGGUGGCUAUAUGCGUAGUGGAGAUCAUAGACAUGGUGAUGAAAAUAGGUCUAGGAAAUGGUCUCAAAAGAAAGGCGAUGCAGAUGCGAUGAAAUUGUUGAAGAGAUUGAGGGAGGGGAAAGAGGGUGGGGGAGAGCAAGCUGCGAUUGUGGAGUUUGUGAGACUUGUUGAGGAGACUUUUGGCGAUGGUGAGAGAAGGGAGGAUGGACAGAGGAUCGAUGUUGGCUGA